ACCCACGCACAGUCGCCCUUGCCCUUCCUUCCUCCCCUUCUUCCUCCGUAUUCACCACCACCCUGGUAGUAGUUAAAACCAGAACCACCACCUCAAAACUCGACACCCCGAGUUAGAGUUAAAACCCCGAGCCGAGCUUCCCUAGUGGCAGUGGAGUGGUUUAGAAACCUCCGCCGACCAACUGUUUCAGUGCAGCAGUCCGGCGGGUGAGCAGGAGUGCGAGCGCGAUGGAGAGGUGCGGGAGCUGGUCGGAGUCCGACGCGGCGGCGCAGGCGGCCGCGCAGAAGGCCGUGCCGGCGCCGUUCCUGACCAAGACGUACCAGCUCGUCGACGACCCGGCCACCGACCACAUCGUCUCCUGGGGCGACGACCGGGUCUCCACCUUCGUCGUCUGGCGCCCGCCGGAGUUCGCGCGCGACAUCCUCCCCAACUACUUCAAGCACAACAACUUCUCCUCCUUCGUCCGCCAGCUCAACACCUACGGGUUCCGGAAGGUCGUGCCGGAGCGGUGGGAGUUCGCCAACGAGUUCUUCCGCAAGGGGGAGAAGCAGCUGCUGUGCGAGAUCCACCGCCGGAAGACGUCCGGGUCCACGACGUCGUCGUCUCCGCCACCCUUCUUCGCGCCUCCGCACUUCCCGCUGUUCCACCCCGGCGUUUCCGUCGCCCAUCACCACCAGCAGUUCGUGGGCGAGGACGGGGCAAUGGCGGCGCACGCUGGCAUGGGCGUCCCGUUCAUGCAGCCGCAUUGGCGGGAGCAGGGCGCGCCUCGGUUGCUGGCGCUCGGCGGCCCCGCCGCGCCCUCGCCGGGGGUGGAGGGCAACGGCCGCGCGACCAGCGCGGCGGUGCUGAUGGACGAGAACGAGCGGCUGCGGCGCAGCAACACGGCGCUGCUGCAGGAGCUGUCCCACAUGCGCAAGCUCUACAACGACAUCAUCUACUUCGUGCAGAACCACGUGCGCCCCGUGGCGCCCAGCCCGGCCGCGGCCACGUUUCUCCAGGGCCUCGGCAAUGGCAUGCAGCCGCGCAAGAUGCCGCCGGCCACCACCGGCGCCGGGAACGGGCUCAACACCUCCGGUGGGAGCACGACGUCCAGCAGCUCCCUGACCAUCGCCGACGAGCUCUCGCCUCCGCCCAACCACCUCUCCGCGGAGAAGAGCGGCGGAGAGGCCGGCAGCAGCAGCGCGGCUCUGUCGGCGCCCACGAAGCUGUUCGGCGUGCACCUCAGCGCCGCCCCGGUCGGCGCAGGGAGCAAGAGACCGCCUUCCCCCGAGGAGGAGCUGCCGUCCACGCCGCCUGCCACCAAGGCACGCCUGGUGCUCGAGAGCGACGACCUGAGCCUAUCCGUGGCGCCGCCGGCGCAGCCUUGCGCCGCCUCGUCUCCAGCUAGGAGUUAGCUAGCUAGAUAGCUAGUUAGUGUAUUAGCGCUCACUCACCUAGCUAGCAAGCAAGCAAGCAAGCAGGGUAGCAUCCGCGUUGCUGCAUGCAAACGCGGACCAUUUUGCUGUGUUCUAAUCCGACGUGUUCCGUUUCCUCCUAGACCAGUUGUAAGUUUGUUGCUCCUGAAGUUAGCAAGUGCGUGCUUAGUUAGGGUUCUGCCUGUAAACUCUAAUCGCCCAGCACUCGGAACAAAGUGCGACCAUGCAUGUGAUGUGCCCGAGCUAAUUGAAGCCAAUCUGGUGUUUUUGUA